AUCUGCAGCUGCAUUUUCAGUUUUCUCAUUAUUUAGCAUUUUUUUUGUAAAUCUCUGUUAAAAUUUUACUAGAAUCAACUCUUUUUCCCUUUUAACUGUAAAACACAUCUCUGGACAUAAACACGGCCUCUUGUAACUGAAAAGUAUUCCUUGUACUUGCCAUUAAUAUUUGGGUCUUUUGAACAGAAUGACUUGAUAGUGAGAGAGCGAUUGGGAUACAACAGCUUUCCUGAAUAGGAGUUAAUGAUCACUUACUGUAUGUGUAGAUUUAAAGGCUUCAGAAUUCGAAAGAAGAUAAGAUAGUGGAUUUACUGAUGUUUAGUUUGCAUCAUUUAUGCUGUCCCAUAAAUAUACAAAUAGAUUAAUUAUGCCCUCUCUCCAGCUCAGGUCCCACUGAUUUCUUUAUCAGCAUUUGAUGUUUAUGUCUGGUUGCACAUUGUAAAUCUUCAAACCUUUAUUGACCCUCUCCUCUGAGUGUCUUCCUUUAAAGAAGGUCUCAAGAUGUGCUGAGGCGUUACUCACAGACAAACACAAGUGUGUCAGAGAAGGCGCAUGAAUAUCUUCCAGCUGGUGAGGGGUGAAGUUGGCUGUCAGCACAUUCUUACUUCACAGGCUGGACUGAACUGACAUAGGGUUGGCGACUAUUUCCAGUGGUCAACAGGAAGGAGACACCAGGCGGCUCAUCAACCAGUCACAUCAAAAGGCAAACUGAAGUGACCAGAUUAACUAAACAUCUGGAUUCAGAAGAGACUUAAAGACAGAGAGACCUAAAUUCAGCAAUGGAGAAAAAUGUUUCCAGUAAUCCAGGGUUUGCACUGGCUGACUACGCCGUCUUCGCUGCCAUGUUGUCAGUUUCCAUGGCGAUUGGGCUUUUUCAGGCUCUGAAAAAACAGCGACGGGAUGCAACAGCAGAGGCCUUCUUCACCGGAGGCCGGAGCAUGCCGGCUGUGCCCGUUGGUCUGUCGCUUUGUGCCAGCUUCAUGUCAGCUGUCCAGGUCUUGGGUGUUCCCUCAGAGGGAUUUCGCUAUGGCUUCAAAUUCCUCUACAUGUGCCUCGGACAAAGCAUCAACUCUCUGCUGACAGCUUACCUGUUCCUGCCAGUUUUCUUUCGACUGGGCAUCACCAGCACCAACCAGUAUCUAAAGAAGAGGUUUGGCAGAGGGAUGCAGCUGCUGGGAAGCGUCCAGUUUAUUCUUGCAACGCUGCUUUACACUGGGAUUGUCAUCUAUGCACCAGCCUUGAUCUUAAAUCAAGCUACUGGACUGAGUAUCUGGGUGUCUCUCUUUUCCACGGGGAUCAUUUGCACCAUGUACACCACACUGGGCGGCAUGAGGGCUGUUAUCUGGACCGACGUGUUCCAGAUUGUUAUCAUGUUAUCAGGCUUUGUGGCAAUUUUCAUCCAAGGGACAAUUCUGGUUGGCGGUCCUGCACAAGUACUGGAGAUUGCCAGCAACGGAUCACGCCUUAAUUUCAAUGAUUUUGAUGUGGAUCCACGAAAACGUUACACCUUCUGGAGCCUCACUGUUGGGGGUUCCAUGGUUUGGUUGUCCAUGUACGGGGUAAACCAAGCACAAGUUCAGCGCUACAUUUCCUGCAAAUCAGAGAAAGAAGCCAAGUGGGCUCUGUUUGUAAAUCAGAUCGGUCUGUGCCUCAUUGUGAGCAGCGCAGCAACCUGCGGUAUCGUCAUGUUUGCUUAUUACAACCUCUGCGACCCGCUGAAAUCUGGGAGGAUUUCUGCACCUGAUCUGUACAUGCCAUUCUUCGUGUUGGACAUAUUCAGUAAUCAUCCAGGAUUCCCAGGUCUUUUUCUUGCCUGUGCAUACAGCGGGACUCUCAGCACUGCCUCCACGAGUAUCAACGCCAUGGCUGCAGUGACAAUGGAGGAUAUACUGAGACCUUAUCUGCUCCAGAUGAAACAGAAGAAGCUGGUCCUUGUUUCCAAAGGACUGUCAUUCCUGUAUGGAGCUGGAUGUAUCACUGUAGCAGCUCUUUCCUCCUUCUUGGACUGGGGGGUUCUUCAGGGCUCGUUCACUGUCAUGGGAAUGGUCAGUGGUCCAGUUCUGGGCGUAUUCAUUUUGGGAAUGUUUGUCCCAGGAACAAACAGGCUGGGGGCGUACUCUGGGAUAUUGGCAGGAUUCUGUGUCUCUCUGUGGCUGGCUGUGGGUUCAACUCUUCACCCACCCAGUGUGGAGACCAUGGGUGUCCUGCCCAGCUUCACAGACGGCUGCAGCUUUGCUAAUGGCACAAGAAACAACAGCUCUAACCUGGAUGAGGUUUCCAUCUUGACCCCACUUCAUCCAAAACACCAAGGUGGCCUCCUCAACUUCUAUUCCAUGUCUUACCUCUAUUUUGGAGCCAUGGCCACCAGCACAGUCAUUCUGGUGGGAAUGAUAGUGAGCUAUGCAACAGGGCCAACAAAGAGGAGUCAAAUUAAAGAGGGGCUGUUAUGGUGGGACCUGAAUAAAAAGGAGAAGGAGAUCUCGUCAGAAAGCAGAAGCAAUGUAAUAUCCUGGGCAUUUCCCUGCUUCAUUCAGAAUACAUGCAGGAAUACCCAACUGAUAUCUGCAGUUCACAUAGGAAAUAACCAGGAGGACAAAUUAAUAGAGAACCCACUGGUGGUACCUUUGAGGAGCCUACCCAGAGAUGAUGCACUGUUAAUAGAAAAAAGAGGAUGUGAUUUUUAAAUGGCAUUAACCUCCAAAUUACUCAUAGCAAGUCUUACUGAAAUUUUCUCUGCAGUAGCAAUAAAGUUUUUUUUUAUCUUAUCAGUUGAAGUUUCAAAAGCCUGACACACAUUCAGAGUUAGAGUCAUUGUUCUUUCAGAGCUAUAAAUAUAGAUGAUAUACAGUACAGUAAAAUGUGAUGAAAUAUUUCAAUUUCCUUCUGGUAUGUGCUGUUUCGGGAAAGAUGUGCACCUGCAACAUGUCAACACAAGAAUGACGGGAAGCAGAGAUAACGUUUUAAAUCUGUGUGUACAUUUUCUGUAAUUUAGUAACGGUUUCCUUAUUUCAUGCUCUGUUAUCAGGCCUGUUUUUUUUAUUAUUAUUAUUUAAAGUAAAGUGGGUCACAGCUUCACACUCAAAUGUAAACACUGAGUCAGCAUGGUCAAAUACAAAAGAUCAGUUGAUAAAUCUUUAUUGAAAACAGUUUGGGUUGGUUUUCAAAAAAUAUGAAAAGUGAACAGUAAAAUUAUUAUUGACAAACACACAAAGAGCAGCGACUUAAAUGACUACUACGUUUAUUUUGUAUGAAGUUACCAUUUUGAAAAAUAUGUAUUUUUCAAAAUACUGUUAUGUUUUCUUCCUCUUAUUUUUAAAUUAUUCUACAAUUUUCAAUAGAGUUGUCAAUCUAAACAAUUUUCUAUUUUAAGUUUAUGUUACUUGGAAAAUUGUCUCAUCAUAUAGAAGCCUCUGCUUCAUUCUCAAAAUCCAUCCAUAGGUUUCUUACACUUAGACAAAGCAAUUCAUUAUUGUCUGCAUACUGUAAAUUGUUUGCGAUGGCUUGUGUUACUUUCAAAAUUAUGAAGCCGAUAAAAGUAACAAAUUAAGGAAUGUGUUAGCACUUGAAUUUACAGUUUAACUCAUUCUAAAAAGUUAAAACACUGUAUUUAAUCAUGUCUACUUGUAAUAAAGUAGAAGUGUCAAAGACUUAAAAAAUAUACUACUUUGUCACUAUUUAAUACAUUUAGAUCAAUUUCCCAGGUACCUUGUGAAUCUAAAUAAAUGUGGUUAAAUGUAAUACUUAGUUUUAAACUGUGUUUUUUUUUCUUUUUGUAAAACAAUCCAUGCCUUGAAACCACUUGUCCACCACCUAUGCUCCGUGACAACUCAAAUAAAAAUACAAUCAACAACUA